AGAACUGGUCAUCAUCUUCAUCCGCACAUCCUCACAGGGUCCGCUGAAGCUACAGACACUCCAAAGAGAAGAAGAGAAGAAAGUCCUGCAGCAGUCAUCGUCACCAUGAAGAUGCUGAUUGUGUCUGCACUUGUUUGUGCCAUGAUGGUUCUGACCAGAGCUGCUGCUCAUCCAGAGGAAACACCCCAAAAUGAAACAGAGAGUCGCCUGGUCAAGAGAUUGACAGCUUGUCCCUCGGGCUGGUCUUUGUUAGGUGGUCGCUGUUACCACUACAAUCCAAUAGAAAUGACCUGGGCUAGUGCUGAGAGAAACUGUCUGUCCCUGGGUGGAAACCUUGCGUCUGUUCACAACAUCCAGCAAGACUUUGAUAUUCAGAAGGUGAUUUUUGAAACCGUUCAUAGGCACAGACCGGCAUGGAUUGGAGGCUCUGAUGCAGAAGAGGAUGGUCAGUGGUUCUGGAGUGAUGGCACACCUUUCCGCUACCGCCACUGGUGUAGUGGAGAGCCUAAUAACCAGGGCGGCAAUCAGCAUUGUCUGCAGAUGAAUUUCUCAGCUCACAAGUGCUGGGAUGACCUCCAGUGCUCCAACCAGUUACCGUCUGUCUGUGUCAAGGAAAGAUGAUGAUUCCAGAUCUGACACAGAGACAUGAAGAACCCAUUAAAAGCACAAACACUUGUGUUGUGUGCAUGCUUUCAUAUACAUCUUUCUUUACACCCUCAGUCUCACAUGUGAGCUGAGUUUUUCUUUGCUAUCGCUGUAACGCUACUGAAGGAAUGAAGCGACAAGUGACAUAAACAGGAGCUGGACUGUCUCUGAGGCCUUGUGCCUUUAAUGAGAGCAGACUGAAUGUGUUAUGAAAAGAAUGCUUUUAGCACAAAUCUACAUAUAUUCUGCAAAGUAAACUCUUCUUUCUUGUCUUAUGCAAAAUUAAAGGCUCAAGCAUCCAAACAAA